AUGGUCCGUGUCGUCAGUGUUGUGGUGUGUGCGUGCGUGGCCGGUGCGUCGAUCGCCGGCGAUCUGAACCCGCCGCCGGGCCCCGUCGCGCCGACGAUGAAGACGCUCGAGGAGGUGGAGCCGCGGGUCGCGAUCAACGCGGAGAACACGCCGGGCGGCGCGACGUUCGCGUUCGGGAUCACCGAGCCGGGGUCGUACUACCUGACGGGGAACAUCGACGCGAUCGAUGGCGAGACGGGCAUCCGCAUUUUCGUCUCGGACGUCGCGAUCGAUCUCAACGGGUUCACCGUCGCGUCGCCGGGGGGCAGCGGCACGCCGAACGGGAUCGCGGCGCUCGGGUUCGACAACGUCACCAUCCGGAACGGGACGGUCUCCGGGUUCGCCGGGAGCGGGAUCAUCAUCAACGCGUUCGCACGCGUCGAGGGCGUCACCGUGCGCGGGUGCGGACUCGUCGGUGUGGGGCUCGGCGCGAACGCGAUCGUCAGGGGGUGCGUCGCGACCGGGAACUCCGCGACCGGGAUCCAGGUGAGUUCCGCGAGCGUGGUCGAAUCCUGCAUCGCCAACAGCAACCUCGGGAGCGGGUUCAUCGCGGGUCUCGAUUCCUCGCUCACCGGGUGUGUGGCGCGCCAGAACUUCGGCGACGGGUUCAGCGUCUCGACGGGCAGCUCGCUCGGCGCCUGCGCCUCGUACGACAACAGCGGGAACGGGUUCGACGUCUCCGGCGGGUCCACGCUCGUGGGGUGCUCCGCGGCGAGGAACACCCUCAACGGGUUCGACUUGAGCUCGGGCUCGACCGUCUCCGCGUGCUCCUCGUUCGACAACAACGACUCCGGCAUCGCGACGGGCACGGGGUGCACCGUCGAGGGGUGCACGAGCACGGACAACGGCGAGUGGGGCCUCUUCCUCGCGUCGGGCUGCCGCGUGCGGGACAACACGGUGGUCUCGAACCCCAGCGGCGGGAUCCGGGUCUCGAGCGACAGCCUCGUCACGGGCAACAUGUGCGACCAGAACGGGAGUAUCAGCGGGACGGCCGCGAUCGACGUGGUGGGCACCGACAACACGAUCGACGGGAACACGGUGACGGACAGCAUCAUCGGGCUCUCGGUGUCCGUCGGCGGGAACCUGAUCACCCGGAACCGCGCCUCGGGGAACGGCGGGGAUUACGCGGUCGUCGGCGGGAACGACCUGGGGACGAUCCGCACGACGCCGAUCGGGGCGGGUGCGUGGGACAAUUUCUCGUACUGA